AUGUUCGAGGGACACAUAGCUGCUUGUGGGGCUCUGAGCCCCUGGCCCAGCAGCCUCCGUCGCUGUGAGGCCAGGGCCCCCUGCAGCCUCCGUCGCUGUGAGGCCAGGGCCCCCGGCAGCCUCCGUGCGGCCGCAGCAGUCUGGGCGCUGGAACAGGGGCUGGCGCUGGAACAGGGGCUGGAACAGGGGCUGGCGCUGGAACAGGGGCUGGCGCCCGCUUGCCACAUUCCACACCCCCAAGCUAGCAGUUCACAACACCUGGAAGCAUCAGAUCUGUAUGACUGUGUGUGGAGUCUGUCUCAGCAGAAGGGUCUGUUGUCCUCCCAGAUCGACUCAGAUGAUGUCAUCACGCGUGAUGAGCAGAUCUACCUCCUGAUUGGAGCGCGAGCCAGAUGUGAGAGGAGGAUACGGGCACAGCAGGACCAGAUGAAAGAAGGGAACUGUGUAUCAGAGUGGGAUGGGAUCAUCUGCUGGCCUGCAGGGCAGCCGGGGCAGCUGGUCUCUGUGUCAUGUCCCCAGUACAUCUACGACUUCAACCACAGAGGUCAGGCCUACAGACAGUGUGCUGUGUCGGGGGACUGGGAACAGGUGCCUUCCAUCAACCGUACUUGGGCCAACUACACCGAGUGCACUGCCUACCUGGCAUCCAACCACCGGAGCCAGGAGGAGGAGGUGUUUGAGCGGCUCCAUCUGAUGUACACCAUAGGAUACUCCUUCUCCCUGGUGUCUCUGUUGGCAGCUGUUGCCAUCCUCUGCUACUUCAAGCGUCUCCACUGCACCAGGAACUACAUCCACAUCCACCUCUUCACCUCCUUCAUGUGCCGAGCAGUCAGCAUCUUCGUGAAGGACGCUGUGCUCUACGCUGUGACUGACGAGGCUGACAACAAGGACCUGCAGCCCAGGCCCUACCUGGUGGGCUGCAAGGUGGCAGUGACUCUGUUCCUGUAUUUCCUGGCGACCAAUCACUACUGGAUCCUGGUGGAGGGGCUGUACUUGCACAGCCUCAUCUUCAUGGCCUUCCUCUCAGACAAGAACUACCUGUGGGCUCUCACCAUCAUCGGCUGGGGUGUGCCAGCGGUGUUUGUGUCCAUCUGGGUCAGUGCCCGUGCGUCGCUUGCAGACACACAGUGUUGGGACAUCGGUGCAGGAAACCUGAAGUGGAUCUACCAGGUUCCCAUCCUGGCUGCCAUUGUGGUGAACUUCUUCCUUUUUCUGAACAUCAUCCGGGUUUUGGCCUCCAAGCUAUGGGAGACGAACACUGGAACCCUGGACCCUAGACAGCAGUACAGGAAGCUGCUGAAGUCCACCCUGGUGCUGAUGCCUCUGUUUGGGGUUCACUACAUGGUGUUCAUGGCCCUGCCCUACACACACGUCUCCAGCCUGCUCUGGCAGGUGCAGAUGCAUUACGAGAUGUUCUUCAACUCCUCUCAGGGGUUCUUCGUGGCAUUCAUCUACUGUUUCUGCAAUGGAGAGGUGCAGGCGGAGGUGAGGAAAGCGUGGCUCAGGCGGAGCCUGGCUCUGGACCUCUUUGUCCUGCAUCAUGUUUGA